AUGUCAACUGUUGAAGACAGACCACCACUCCCUCCUCUCCCUCGCUCGGCGUCUCUGCCAAAGCCAAAGGGUAUCUUGAAGAACGCCCCACCACUGCCAGGCGCCCAUUCGCAUAGUCUACAAUGGGACGAGGAAAACCUUGCUCUCACAGAGAUACAAAAAGAUAGUCUCAUGAAGAUCACGGAACCCAAAACACCAUAUGUGCGGUACAACGCUGAAACGGACGAGAUUGAAGGAGACAUUCCAAACCUCGACUUGGGGUUCCAUUCGUCUCCUAUUAAUAUAGAGGAUGAGAAUAGGCCUGGAUCUCCAACACUAUCAGUCUCGCCCACCGGAGCAGAUACUUCUGGCCCCUCUUCACGUCGAACUUCUACAUCAAGUACUGGUAGGCCUGGUACCUCGAUGUCCGCCCGCUCUGGAAGUGGAGCCUCGAGCAGAAGCACGAGCUUCAAUCUCCCCAACGAUGCGAGAUAUGAAAUAAGAGCUGAAUCUCGCGAACCUGGUGGAGAGGUGGAGCUCGAAGAAGAGAUGGACGAAGAGACUGCCGCAAAACACGCGGCGUUUGUCCGUGCGCGUGGAAGGCACUACUCUAAUGAGGCAGAAGCUAUGAAGGUAAUCACAAUCCGAGUCGUCAAUCAGUGA